CCUCCUUUACCUAUUGACUAUUGAGUUGUGCGUUCACCACGUCAAAGAAACCAUCACCAACACCCAUAAUAAUCGGCACCAAUAUCCACUUUUUUUUCUCUUCAGUUUUCCUUCAUUUUCACAUCCUAAAUCACUAAUCUUUCCUUCAAAGCUAGUUACUUUACCAUCUGGGUACCUCUUAAUUUUGACAAAUCUUGAUGGGUUUGAACAAUAAUCAUCAAGAUGUUGGAAACAGACACCCAUCAUCACUUCUUUCUAGAGGCCGUUCAUGGGGCACCACCGCUUCUGCUCAAUCUGUUUCCACUAGUGGCAGUGUUGGCUCACCUUCUACCGCUGCUUACAAGUUGAAUCAUCUUGAUAUUCAUGCUGAUGAUGCUGGAUCUCAAGGGGCUGUUAGUAAUAUAAAGAAGAAACGGGCUCCACGUGCAACUGGAGGGGAUAAAAAUGGUAGAGGUCUCAGACAGUUCAGCUUGAAAGUGUGCGAGAAGGUUGAAAGCAAGGGAAGAACUACUUAUAAUGAGGUUGCCGAUGAACUUGUAGCUGAAUUUGGAGACCCCGGAAACGGUGUUCAAGCUACUGACCAGCAACAAUAUGACGAGAAAAACAUUCGUCGAAGGGUAUAUGAUGCAUUAAACGUUCUCAUGGCUAUGGACAUUAUCUCUAAAGAUAAAAAGGAAAUACAUUGGAGGGGUCUACCUCAAUCGAACUUCAACAAUAUUGAAGAGCUAAAGAAGAAUCGGCUUGCGUUGCAGAGUAGAUUCGAGAAGAAGUCAGCUUAUUUACGAGAGCUAGAAGAUCAAUAUGUAGGUCUUCAGAAUCUGAUACAGCGGAAUGAACAGUUAUACAGCGCUGGUGAUGUUCCAACAGGUGGUGUGGCUUUGCCUUUUAUACUGGUGCAGACUCGCCCUCACGCCACAGUCGAGGUGGAAAUUUCAGAAGAUAUGCAACUGGUUCAUUUCGACUUCAACAGCACCCCUUUCGAGAUACAUGAUGAUAAUCAUGUUCUCAAGGCAAUGAAGUUAUGCGCUCAAUCAAAAGGCGGCGGCGACACGCCAAACAAUACGCCCAUGGACGCUGGUGCAUGCUCGACCCCAUCACCGACACUACAUCCCCAAUCUACUCUCGCUUCGACCACCAUACCGUCGUCACCUAGACCUUCAACCUCACCGCCCCUUCCUGGUAUACUCAAGGCGCGUGUUAAGCACGAGCAUUAGUUCCUUCUUGCUCCAUACAAUUUUCGCCAUGUGGCGUGUAACGUUUAAAGUGCGCCACAGUUGUAUAUUGAUGGCUCGAUGCGUUUUGCUACAUAGCAAACUCAAAUGCACCAGGCCUGUUUAUGGGCUUCUGACUAAACCCCUUUUUGACAGUUGUAGGAUUAAGGGUAUUUUUUCAACCACUAAUAUUAAUUAGUUAUUUUUAAAAUUUUUGAUCAACUAUUUGAAGCAUGUCAUUGGGUAUUGUGGAAGGUGAUGUAGAUGUUCUUGAUUUAGUUCAACAUCAACAGCCCAAUGUAAAACAUUUUCAUAUUUUGGAAACAUUUAUGAUGCUGUUUUGUCAGGGAUUA